AUGUCUGAGGACCGUCUCUGGAAGUUCCGCAGGCCGGAGUGGCUCAAUAGCAUCUGGGCGCGUAAUGCGGGCGUCUAUGCCGCCGGCGCAUUCUUCUCGCUCGCCUUCUACACCCUCCUCGACUCCGCCGUGUGGUCCAAAUCCGCGCUCAACGGUUCCGACCUGCACGUGACCUUCGUCGACUGGUUGCCCUUCAUCUUCUCAAGUCUGGGCAUGCUCAUCAUCAACAGCGUCGAGAAGGCGCGGCUCUCGGCUGACUCGUUCAGCUAUUCCGGGUCUGGCGUUGCGUGGAAGGCGCGUGUGGUGCUGUUUCUCGGGUUUGCGGCGCUCGCGGGGGGCAUGGCGGGGGGUGUUACGGUGUUUGUGUUGAAGUUUGUGGUUCCGGGUGUGCCGUUCCCGGCGAUGGGGAUGGGGGUUGAGAAUGUAGUUGCGAAUGCGUUGGUGGGGUUGAGCUCUGUGGUCCUUUGGGUGAGCCAGAACAUGGAGGAUGAGUACUCAUACAACCUCUCCUUGUGA